ACUUCCCUUCCUCCAACGAACCCAAUGCAACUUCUCGAUCUCCCCACCGAAAUACUUGGUGAUAUUUUCCAUCAUGUCGGCUCACCCCAUUUCUUCUCCGAUGCAUCACGUCUUCUAGUCUGCAAGCAAUGGUUUCAACUUGCGCGACUGGAGUGCUCCCAGAACCUCUACAUUUCAUUGAAAUCGCUACGGAGACUAGUCUCCUUCCCCGAUGUCGAUUCGAUCCAGGGCAACUUACAAACUCUUGAUCUGAGCUUAUCCGGGUUUGAGCAUUGGCUCGAUGUGGAAUUGGAUGAGAAUGGCUGCAGGGUCCGGAGUAUCAAGGGAAUCAACUUAUCUGAGCGAAGCCUGUUUGAGACUGAUGACAAGAUACUGCAGUGCCAUGGGCAGGAUCGGGUCGACCUGAAGACCUGGACGGACGAACUAAAUGAUACUCUCCUCCGACUCGCUACAAUUGUUCGAAACUCGCGCUCAGUUUGUACUUUACGCAUUUACGCCACUAGGAGAUGGGGAUGGUCGAGGUCUCAAAUCAGCAGCCUCACUCCCCAUCUAUCUGCGGCCACGCUGUCAACGUUUUUGUCGACCAGCAAGUUGACCACCCUAGAUCUUGAUACCGCACACAUCGAUUUCAAAAUGGGCGACUGUCAUUUAUGCCUCUUUGUCGCCAGGCACUUGAACACGCUGCGCCACCUGCGAUUACGCAUCCAGAGACUUUGUGUCGAUGCACUUACGCCUGCGUCGCGCACCGGCAAGCUCGAGCUGGAAACGAUGCUGGUCAACAUUAGCCACAGACCGUAUUCGAAGAGCAGCAAUGCAUUAUGGGAGAAGCUCAUACAGCAAGGGCAGCUUCUUGCUGAGCAAAUGGCUUCACCUAAGAUGGCGAGGAUUCUUAGAAAGGCUCCACCGCACUUCAGAGGUAUACAGGCAUACGAUGUUUUGGCCCGUGAGAGUAUGUCCCUGGGCUUCGGGGAUGCGUGGGAUGCUGAGGGGAAACCAUUCGAUACGGCGGCGAUUAUACGGAAUUGGCGUGGUGUGAAGAGAAUGCCUCUGUCUACGGCCCACUCGGGAACAUAA